AGAUCACAUUCUUGAUGCUUUUCACAGAUGAAGUCACGAGCGCUUCCUCCGUGUCCCACAAUCCCUCACUGCAGAGCACUGACUGAAAUCACUGGAUCAGUCAUCUUCUCUUGAGCUUCUGACUCAUGGAGACUGAACGGAAUGGGGAUGUGCCGGAAGAGCGGGAGCCUGCCCUCUACACUCCGGUGUCUCCGCAGGACCAGCCCAUCUCGACGUACUUCGAUGAGAGGGUUCCCAUCCCGGAUGAUGACACGGCAAAGAUGUUUAGCUUUCGUAAACUUUGGGCCUUCACUGGACCGGGUUUUCUGAUGAGCAUUGCGUAUCUGGACCCUGGGAACAUCGAGUCGGACCUUCAGUGUGGGGCUAUAGCAGGAUUUAAGCUGCUCUGGGUUCUGCUGGCCUCCACCAUCAUCGGGCUCCUGCUGCAGCGUCUGGCCGCGCGCCUCGGUGUCGUCACAGGGAUGCACCUGGCCGAGGUCUGCUACAGCCAUUACCCCAAGGUGCCGCGAUUCAUCCUGUGGAUUACGGUGGAGCUGGCCAUUAUUGGCUCUGACAUGCAGGAGGUCAUCGGCUCCGCCAUCGCCCUCAAUCUGCUGUCGGUCGGCAGGAUUCCUCUGUGGGGUGGAGUGCUGAUAACCAUCAUCGACACUUUUGUGUUCCUGUUUUUGGACAAGUACGGUCUGAGGAAGCUGGAGGCGUUCUUCGGGUUCCUCAUCACCGUCAUGGCUCUCAGCUUUGGUUACGAGUAUGUGCGUGUGGCUCCGGACCAGGGCUGA